AGACACCAACAAUCUAGAAUGUCACACUUGUUUAAAAUGUUUCGCAUUUCCAGACUUAAUAGAACAAGCAGUUGACGCUGAAAGUCCGGGACUAUAGCAGGGAAAAAAGGGAAGAAUAUGAACAUCUUGGAGAUCUUAAAGCAGGCAGGGUUUUGGAUUUUUGGCAAGGAUAAAAUACGGGACCAGUCGGUAGCUCAGCAAACCAACGGGCAAGAGUCUGAACAACUCUGCUUCAAGACCUUUCUACAGCAGCCGGUCGUGGAGGACGUCAUUUUCACUAAUUGUCAGCCCCUAUGGCGGAUCAGAGUUAGGAAUUAUCAGCUCUUUUUCAGCGGGGACGAUAAAUGCAUCAAAAGCAUCGACCAGACUGCGCAUGCUUGCAAAGACGAAAUCGAGACGCUCGCUGGAAAUUCUCCUGACGAUUUCUCGAUAACAAAUUCGGGGGAAAUUAUUUACGCAGAUUGGCAAGAAAGAGCCGUAUUUUAUUUACAGAAUGGACAGGCGUACCCCAUGAUAAAGUUGAGCGGUUGGAAACCUUGGGCUCUGUGUUGCUCUGACGCCGGCGAUAUUUUGGUCGCCAUGCGUUCUGAUGACGCUAGACGCGCUCGUGUUGUCGGAUACCAAGGGUCCAAAAAGACACGAGAAUACAGUCUUGAUAGUUAUGGCCGACCUUUGUAUGGGUCACCGAACUUUGUAGCCGAAAACAAGAAUGGAGAUGUAUGUGUCUCUGAUGCCGAUUUUAAUCGCGUCACUGUAGUUGACCGAAAGGGAAAUUUCAAAUUUCACUACUGUGGGCAGCAAGUGUUGAGGAAGUAUCCUACAUUUUAUCCUAAAGGCAUAACCACGGAUAGUCAGUGUAAUAUCCUGAUAGCCGACCAGCACAAUAGCUGUAUACAUAUCCUAGAUCGUAUUGGUCAGUUGGUAUGCUUCAUUACAGACUUAUCUCUGAAUGAACCCUAUUGCCUGUGUGUUGCAAAAGGUGAUGAACUAUUCGUGGGAGAGUAUCAUGAAGGGCAAGUUAAGAAAAUUAGAUACCUCGAGUGAACCUUAUAAGCUGUGUUUUUACAUUCUAUGUGACCCCCCCCCCCCCCCUUGCAAAAGGUCUUGCAAAAAAUUUACAUUGACUGCAGUCAUAUUUCAAAAUAUAAUUAAUGUUGAUAUGCUUUACUGCCAAUUAAAAACCUGCAAAGGUGCUCUAAUUGUACUGCUUUAUCAUUUUUUGUUCUUAUACAACUGAUUUGAAAUCA